GAAAAAAUUGGGGGAAAAAGGAUGGCCGUUGCUAGAGCCACAACCAGCAUGAUUCUCCGAGCUUUCAAUUCCCGCCAUUUCCUUUCUUCUUCCUUUACGCCGCUGUCCUUCUCGCCGUUGAGCUCCACCGCUCUUCAAUUCACCCAUCGGAAAAUCAGCUCCGCCAAGUUCAUCUGCGCGGCAGCGUCCUCCGACGACAAGAAGGUCUCCGCUCGACUAUCGCAAGUUCAGCAGCUACUCCAUGAAGCCGAGGAACGGGCUAGCUUCGCCAGCGACGAACCUACUCCUCGAAUCACUCUCGACCACGUAGCUGUUAGCUUCGCUAGAAGUGGUGGCCCUGGAGGUCAGAAUGUGAACAAAGUGAACACCAAGGUGGACAUGCGAUUCAAUGUUAAGAAUGCAUACUGGCUAAGCGAGAGGAUCAGGGAGAAGAUAUUGCAAACGGAAAAGAACAGAAUCAACAAAGAUGGUGAAAUUGUCAUCUCUUCAACAAAGACCAGGACUCAGAAGGGUAAUAUUGACGAUGCUUUGGCAAAACUGCAGGCAAUCAUUGAUGCCGCUUCUUAUGUUCCACCACCUCCUUCAGAAGAGCAGAAGAAGAAAAUUGCAAAGCUAGCUGCCAUAGGUGAGCAGAAGAGAUUGAAAAGCAAGAAGGUUAUCUCGGAUAAGAAAGCUUUUAGAAGAGGUCGAGACAGCUGGGACUGACUGCCUGAUUAUCGAUACUUGUAGGGCUACCAAGUACUAAUCACUCUCUCAACAUUUCUUCUUGAGUCCCUCUUUGACGUUUAGAUUCAUUAGUCUUGGAUUUCCUCAUCAUUCACUUCCCACUUGACCAUCAUUAUAUGCCUGUGAUUGUAGGACCUCCAGUAUAAAAAAACACCAGUACCAGCAUACAUGCACUGGUAAAGCAAGGCUCAAACUAGCGAUUUUUCUGGUAGGCGGAGUUGCCCUCUGCAGCUCCCAGAUUCCACACGCUGUUACGAAAUUCGAAGGCGAUGAACCAUUCGUAUGGCUCGUUUGGAUCUAAUAUUGUUGAAAUAGGUAUAUUGUUCAAAGGGGAGACAUUGUGUCAUGAAUUUAUCUUGAAACGGGUAUGGCGCUAAAUUGUGUAGUUUGGAUUGAUAGAGAUAAAGAAAAACACCUUUCAUAUAUAUUCCUUAGUAAGGUAUUUUGUUUAAUUAUCUCUAGUUAAAAUGGAUGUGUCAAAUGGUACAAUGUUUCUACAACAACCGCCUUACAUUAUACUGAGAAGAAUAAUGUCCAUUGCUUAUC